AUGCUGAUGAUACCUCUGCUGGUGUUGCUGAGCCUUUCGGAUCCCGUCUGUCCCCAGGCCCGCUGCGCCCCGGGCCAGGCGUGCGACCCCCGGCAGCGGAGGGACGCCGGGGGCCGCGGAGGCGUGUAUGAACACCUCGGAGGAGCACCGAGACGCAGGAAGCUCUACUGCGCGACUAAAUAUCAUUUACAGAUCCAUCCUACUGGGAAAAUAGAUGGAGGACUGGAGGAAAACAACCCGCUGAGCAUAAUGGAAAUUACAGCAGUGGAUGUGGGCGUUGUGGCCAUAAAGGGGCUUUUCUCCAGCAGAUAUCUGGCCAUGAACGAUAAAGGCCGGCUGUAUGCCUCGGAAGUGUUCAACAAAGAGUGUGAGUUUGUGGAGCGGAUCCAUGAGUUGGGCUACAACACCUACGCGUCGCGCCACCACUCCACCGAGCAGCCGCUGCCUCUGGGCAGCAGCGGCAAGCGGCGCGCCAGCGCCAAGCGCCAGUGGUACGUCUCCAUCAACGGCAAAGGCCGGCCGCGGCGAGGCUUCAAAACCCGGAGCACGGACAAAGCGUCGCUCUUCCUGCCUCGAGUGUUGGGCAACAAGGACCAUGAGAUGGUGAGGCGGCUGAGAGACAGUCACCAACACACGCAUCAGCACGGCCCCCGAGGGGACCGCCGCAGACGGCGACACCGCGCCAGGAAAGGCCGUGGCCGACGGCCAGAUGACUGA